CGACGUUGACCAGCCGGGAGACCGCGAUGGCAGAGACGACGACGUGGCUCAUUACAGGGAGUUCACGCGGUAUUGGGCUCGAGACAACUCGCCAGCUACUUCAGUCGCCCUCGAACGUCGUUAUCGCUACCUGUCGUAGCCCGUCCACCGCAAAGGACCUGCAAGCCCUGGCACAGAGCGGCGAUGUCCAGGGCAAGCUGCACAUUCUUCCACUCGACACUGCGGAUAUGAAGAGCAUUGACGCGGUAGCGAAGCCUGUGGAGGACAUUGUCGGGGAUGGCGGGCUAGACUACCUGUUGAACAACGCGGCAAUCAACGUCGGCAACGACUCCGGCUUCGCCUUCUCGCCCGACGAUCUCAUGCGUACUAUGAACGUGAACGUCGCCGGGCCCGGGCACCUCGCGCAGACGCUCCUCCCACUGCUAGAGCGUGGCCGAAAUAAGACGAUUCUGAACAUGACAAGCGGUCUCGGAAGCGUCGGCCUCGAUUGCGGACCCAAGUGCGCGACGUACAGCCUCAGCAAGAUCGCGGUGAAUAUGCUCACGUAUAAGCAGGCGAAGGCACGGCCCGACUUUGUCGCUAUCUGCCUUGAUCCAGGCUGGGUGAAGACAGAGUUGGGAGGAGAAGGCGCCGUGCUCGAGCCGGCCGAGAGUGUCAGUAAUGUCCUGAAGGUCCUCACGAACCUCAAGUCCUCGGACUCCGGCAAGUUCUUCCGGUACGAUGGGAAUACGAUACCGUGGUAGGCCUGACUUGGGUCUGACUAGGACUAUUCUGUAUCUCUGAUUCGCAGAACACCACGAGAUAGUGUACACUUUGAAUCUGUGUCUCUGGAAUUUUACCUCUCGUAGG